CCCUUCUGUCCACUUUUUCCUACAAGUCUUGUGUAGUGUUCACACAUUAGAAGAAAAUAAAUGAAAAGAGUAAAGGGGGUUUAAGAAAACCCAAUUCUUGAAUUUUUAUUUUUUUUUGACUUGGAAUGGAGCUUAAGAAGGAGAGGCUUGUAAGGUUCUACUCCGGUGAAAAGCAACAAGUUAGUUUUUUGGGAGGAAAAGCAGACGGUUCGAACGUUGAGAAAUCAUCUUCUGGCUAUAAAUUGUCGUUUCCAUUAUUCAACUCCGAUGGCGGAUACAAACUCACAGAUACUCUUAAGUUUGGGAGAUCUAAGGUGUAUCCUGACGAUCACGAGUCUUGGAGAGAGCGAAUUUUUGAUCCGGGAAGUGACCUAGUAAUCCAAUGGAAUCGAAUUUUUAUUAUAUCAUGCUUGGUGGCGCUGUUUGUUGACCCAUUGUAUUUCUAUUUGCCCAUCAUACAAGGAACUAAAGAGUCGAGUUGUGUGAAAACGGAUUUGAAUUUGCGAAUCAUCGUCACCAUUUUCCGAACUAUAGCAGAUUUUUUCUAUCUAUUACAUGUGUUCAUUAAGUUCCGGACUGCUUAUAUUGCCCCAAAUACAAGGGUAUUUGGGAAGGGUGAGCUCGUCAUGGAUCCCGGAAAGAUUGCUCGAAGAUAUUUAAGAUCGGACUUUUUCAUCGAUCUGAUUGCAACUCUUCCUCUACCUCAGAUUGUUAUCUGGUUUAUUAUUCCAGCGACGAGAAGCCAUGCUAAUCAUAACAAUAAUGCUCUUGCGCUGAUUGUCCUAAUCCAAUAUGUUCCCAGACUGUAUCUUAUAUUCCCGUUAAGUUCACAGAUUAUCAAAGCAACUGGAGUUGUCACAAAAACGGCUUGGGCUGGCGCUGCAUAUAAUCUACUUCUCUACAUGUUGGCAAGUCACGUUAUAGGGGCAGCAUGGUAUUUGCUGUCGAUCGAUCGGUACACUUCUUGCUGGAAAUCAAUAUGCCGAAAUGAAGCCAGCUCUACGCAGUGUGUUCUUCGAUACUUGGAUUGUGAUAUGUUUGACGAUGAUGUUCGUAAGAGUUGGGCAAGUAUCACCAAGGUAUUUGAACGUUGCGAUCCCGAUGGACAUAGUACUUUUAAAUAUGGAAUAUUUGAAAACGCAGUUGAUAAGGAUGUUGUCUCCUCAAGUUUUAUAGCAAAGUACUUCUAUUGCUUGUGGUGGGGCUUGCAACAACUGAGUUCGUAUGGGCAGAAUUUGGAAACGAGUACAUUUAUCGGGGAGACAUCCUUUGCGAUACUGAUUGCAAUUUUGGGACUGGUUUUGUUCGCACACCUUAUUGGGAAUAUGCAGACGUACUUGCAGUCUUUGACGGUGAGGCUCGAGGAAUGGAGACUCAAGAGAAGAGAUACUGAAGAGUGGAUGCAACAUCGACAACUUCCAGAAGAUUUAAGAAAGCGUGUUAGACGUUUUGAUCAAUAUAAAUGGGUUGCUACUAGAGGCGUAGAUGAAGAAACUAUUUUGCAUGGCCUGCCUACCGAUCUUCGUCGUGACAUCCAACGUCAUCUUUGCCUGGACCUUGUUCGACGGGUUCCAUUUUUCUCCCAAAUGGAUGAUCAAUUACUUGAUGCAAUAUGCGAACGUCUAGUCUCAUCCUUAAGCACCGAAGGCACUUAUAUUGUCCGUGAAGGGGAUCCAGUGACGGAAAUGUUGUUUAUCAUCAGAGGUAGGCUCGAGAGUUCUACAACGAAUGGUGGACGGACUGGUUUCUUCAAUUCCAUUACAUUGAGGCCUGGUGAUUUUUGCGGUGAGGAGCUACUCGCAUGGGCUUUGCUUCCGAAAUCAACGGUGAACUUACCUUCUUCGACCAGAACAGUCAGAGCGCUUGUUGAAGUGGAAGCAUUCGCGUUAGGAGCUGAAGAUCUCAAGUUUGUCGCCAACCAAUUUAGACGCCUUCAUAGCAAGAGGCUCCAGCACACAUUCCGGUUCUACUCUCACCAUUGGCGCACAUGGGCAGCCUGUUUCAUUCAGGCUGCAUGGAGACGACAUAAGCGGAGGACACUGGCAAAAGAUCUUGCAGCACUAGAAUCAUUUUCUCUCGACGAGAGUGCAGUCGAUGAAACUGAGCAAAACGAGGAGCAAGAUCAAGGUAACGCUAGCUCAAAUCCGUCUCCGAGGAUAUCACACCUCGGAGUGACGAUAUUAGCUUCGAGAUUUGCUGCUAACACAAGAAGAGCUCAAAAGCUUAAAGAUGUAAGAUUGCCCAAGUUACAGAAACCGGAAGAGCCCGACUUUUCAGCUGAGCCAGAUGACUAGUUUACGACCAAUAGUUUCAUUCAGACAUCGCUACAAUGGCCAACUCCGAGCUUGAGGUUUUCCGCAAUACAUUCUUACACUCAAGGAUCAUCGUUGUACAUGCGGAACACGCCUUUCUAAGAGAUAACCGCACUGUAAGAGGGUAAGUUUUUGGCACUUUUUGCCUUUGUUGUUAAUGUAAUUGUAUUUAUGACUAGUUUUCUUCAGUAGCAGGAUGCUAAUUUGGACUUAUACAAACUCAAUAACAUCUUAAGUCAUCUGUAAAAACUAAAAUUUGCUAGUUCCAUAGUACAAAGUAAAUAAGUAUUUUACCAAA